AAGCCAAACUUGGGUGUUCUUUGAGUUUGCGGACUAAUCUGAAAGAGGAAGAAGAAUCUUUAUAUAGUGGCUAGCAAAUUUGCCCUGCCCUCCCCAUCUUGAAAAUAACACCAGCCUCUUUUUAAAAAACACUUUCCUAAAGAGCAAGCACCCGGUGAAUGGAGCGUACUUUCAGGAUUCUUCAAGUUAUCAAAAUUCUCGUGCAGCUCACCAACAAGUGUUAGCUCUCCAAGGGACUGGUAAACUGGAUUUACUGAAGACUUGAAACUUGCUUCUGAACGUGAGCACAAAAGGAUCCCAAACUAUCAACCUUGAAGGUAGCAGCGUGGACUUCUUCUGAUAUUGUUCCAGAAGGAUCACUGACCACUAACGAAGAAUAAUUGUGAAGGAGAUUGCAGUAGCAGCAAAAGGCACAACACCAAGCAGAUAUUCUUAAGGAAAUAUGGAUGGCUUCAUAAAUAUGACAGUGGCUUCCGCUAAUAACAAAUGCCAUGACACUAUUGAUGACUUCCGCAAUCAAGUAUAUUCCACCUUGUAUUCUGUGAUCUCCAUUGUGGGCUUCUUUGGCAAUGGAUUUGUGCUUUAUGUGCUCAUAAAAACAUAUCAUGAAAAGUCAGCCUUCCAAGUGUACAUGAUUAAUUUAGCAGUGGCCGAUCUACUAUGUGUAUGCACACUGCCUCUCCGUGUAGUCUAUUAUGUUCAUAAAGGCAUUUGGUUUUUUGGUGAUUUUUUGUGCCGCCUCAGUACUUAUGCAUUGUAUGUAAACCUCUACUGUAGCAUCUUCUUUAUGACAGCCAUGAGCUUCUUCAGAUGUGUUGCAAUUGUUUUCCCUGUCCAAAACAUUAAUUUGAUUACACAAAAAAAAGCCAGGCUUGUGUGUGUUUGCAUUUGGAUUUUUGUGAUUUUAACCAGUUCUCCAUUUUUAAUGCGCAACUCUUACAAGGAUGAGAAAAACAAUACCAAGUGCUUUGAGCCUCCAAAAGAUAGCCAGGCUAAAAAAUAUGUCUUGGUCUUGCAUUAUGUGUCAUUGUUUUUUGGUUUCAUUAUUCCUUUUGUUAUCAUUGUGGUCUGUUAUACAAUGAUCAUUUUUACUUUACUGAAAAAUUCAAUGAAGAAAAAUUUGUCAAGUCGUAAAAAAGCUAUUGGAAUGAUCAUCGUUGUUACAGCUGCCUUUUUGAUCAGCUUCAUGCCUUAUCAUAUUCAACGCACCAUCCACCUUCACUUUUUACAUAAUGAAGCACAACCCUGCGAUGCUGUCCUUAGAAUGCAGAAGUCAGUGGUCAUAACUUUGUCGCUGGCUGCAUCAAACUGUUGUUUUGACCCUCUCCUAUAUUUCUUUUCGGGAGGAAACUUUAGGAGAAGGUUAUCUACAUUUAGAAAACCUUCUUUAUCCAGCAUGACGUAUGUGCCCAAGAAGAAGACUUCUGUGCCAGAAAAAGAAGAGGAAAUAUGUAAAUAAUAGUUUAAACCAUCUCCAGCAUCAACCAAGUAGAAUAAUAACCCCCCAAGAUAAUUAUUUUCUCAAGGAAUUUACAAAGAAAAUAAAACAUUUCAUUCAAAAUUUAUAAACACAUAACUGAAGAUGUGUGCCUAUAAACGUUUCAUUUAUGCAUCCACAUUAUUAGAGGCCAUACACAUAUUCAAAAUAUUAAAAAUUCUGUCUACAACUAUGAACUAAAUCCUACAUGGAGUAAAUGGAGCAGUGUGCUUUUUUCCCAAUUAUUUGUUUUGUUUUGUGUUUACCAUUCACUUUUACAUGGAGAAUGUUUCUGUCUCUGCUCUGUCAAAACUAAGCCUGAGAUCAAAGUUUUCUCCCUCAAAUAAAAGCUUUACGUGUAUAAGAACUAGGCUUUUAAAAGCUAAAAAUAUCAAUUCAUUUAUAAUCAUUGAUGUAUCCCUAGCCAUGUCAUUGGAAAAGAAUUGAAGAUACCCUAAAAGUUAUACAAACUGUACUUUCUUCCUUUUCCUUGGUAGUAGUCACUGACCAGACAAAAAAGAUCAUUUCUUCCAGAAGUGAAUGUGCAACUCCUAGAUUCAGCCAAAUGGCCUUAAAGGGCCUACGUAAUGCACAAUCUGGAACGUGAGGAAGAUAAACCUGGUUAAAGGCCAUUUUGCUAAUUUUCUACUCCUGCUGCCCCAGGUCCCGAAGAGAGAGUGGUGGAGUUAUUUGUUGGUCAUUGAGGUUUCCGUAGGGAUUUUUCUUCCUAUAUCACCCUUCCUUACAAGUCAGAAAAUUGACUCUCCCCUAUAUGAACCGGAGCAAUUAUAAAGUAACUGGAGAAUGAGAAAAUUCGUUUUUCACAUGCUUAUUACUGAGAUCAAAAUUUACAAUGGAUUUAAAAAAAUCUAA